CUGAUAGCAGUAAGAUCAGCAUGACGCGAACGUACCCAUAAUAUCUUGAGAUUAUAUUUUAUAUAUUGGCAACACUGAUUGAACAUAGAUGGUGCCAUGUUGAAAGAUCUAAUGCAAUGUUUGAUUGUUGACGAGUUUGUGUUGCUAUGGAAGAAACGAAAAUAAUCUAUUAUAUAGAUGAAGAGGAAACGCCAUACCUAGUUAAAUUAACUAUUGCUCCAGAACGAGUUACAUUAGCGGACUUCAAGAAUGUGCUUAAUCGUCCCAACUACAAGUUUUUUUUCAAGUCUAUGGACGACGACUUCGGGGUUGUUAAAGAAGAAAUUGUUUAUGAUGAUGCACAUUUACCUUGCUUCAACGGCCGUGUUGUUUCUUGGCUGGUGUCUGCUGAUGGCAGCAAUGUGUCUGAUGGGACUUCGCAGUGCACAGACAGCGUCACACAUUCCGACAUUAAAGUUCCUGUGGACAGGACUACGGAGUCCCAUGUUACCAAUCCUCUGCGUGCUGGUCGUGCUAAUGUUGAGGAAACAACUUAUACUGAGACUGAAUCUAUUAUUAGCUCUCGUCAAGGGUGUCAUAAUGUACAUAAAGGAUUUAGACAGCAUGGAGAAAAAUUUGAUAAAUACAAUAAAUAUGAUGGGUUACGAAUCAAUGGUCAUUCAAAACAUCCUCCUGGCCAUGGGUAUGAAUCAUCUUCGAUGUUGAGUUCGGACUUGGAGACCACAAGCUUUUUAGAGUCGGAAGACGAUGCUUCAAGCAGAAUCACCACUACUACAGGCAGAGCUACUAAUUUGUCAGUUGACAGGCAAACUCUGGGAACAGAUCACAGCAGUGUUUCUCACCUGCAUCUCACCAGGCGGCGGCCUCAGCGAAGACGACGCCACCGCGCUCCACCGGCCAUGUCGCGCACUUCUUCGUUUUCCUCCAUCACGGACUCUACCAUGUCACUCAACAUUAUUACAGUUACUCUCAACAUGGACACUGUCAACUUCUUGGGGAUUAGCAUAGUAGGCCAGAGUAACAAAGGCGGUGAUGGAGGAAUCUACGUGGGUUCUAUAAUGAAGGGAGGUGCUGUGGCUCUUGAUGGUCGUAUUGAACCUGGAGACAUGAUUUUGCAAGUAAAUGAUAUUAAUUUUGAAAACAUGUCGAAUGAUGAAGCUGUCAGAGUUCUGAGAGAAGUUGUCCAAAAGCCAGGACCCAUAAAACUAGUGGUUGCCAAAUGUUGGGAUCCAAAUCCUAAGGGUUACUUCACCAUACCUCGAACGGAACCAGUAAGGCCUAUAGACCCUGGUGCCUGGGUAGCCCAUACUGCUGCAAUUAGAGGGGAGUCGUUUCCUGUUAGGCCGCCGUCAGUCACAACACUGACGUCAACGAGCAGUUCCAUCACUUCAAGCGUUCCAGACACUGAGAGACCAUUCGAAGAACUGAAUUUAAGUGUGAGCACUGACAUGGCGACAGUUGUGAGGGCUAUGGCUCGACCAGACUCUGGGCUUGAAAUCAGAGACCGUAUGUGGCUUAAGAUUACCAUCCCAAAUGCUUUCAUUGGUUGUGAUGUUGUCGACUGGUUGAAUACACACGUAGAAGGUUUCUUGGAUAGAAGAGAUGCUCGAAAAUAUGCAUCUCAGAUGUUGAAGGCUGGCUACAUCAGGCACACUGUCAACAAGAUUACAUUCUCUGAACAGUGCUACUACAUUUUUGGAGAUCUUUGUUCAGCAAUGUCCUCUCUGAAAAUUGGCGAUGAUUCAGCAUCGACGGACAAAGACACUGUGGGGCCUCUUCCGGCAUCCAAUCCUGUGGCAGCCCCGUGGGCCGCCUCUCACCUGCCGUAUGCUGGCACGUACAUGCCGCAUGCAGGCCCAGGCUAUGCUCCAAUGCCCUUCAACUACACGAAUGAGCCAUCCGUAUAUGGUUAUUCGAAAGACGAAAGUGAGCACAGUGAAUCUGGUGGAAGUAGUAAUGGCUCAGAACAUCUCUGUAAGGAAGGUGCAGUGGAUCUCAUGAAGUCAGGGAGCUCUACGAGUGAAAGUGACGCUCCUGUUGGUGGAAUCAUGACACUGAAGCCAUCUGCGUCUGGAAGGAGAUCUGGUGGUUCGCGGUCACGAUCAAGUGGCUCAGAACAGUCCGUUGCCACCAUUUCCACUACCGGUCCACAGUCCCAGCAUCCUCUUCAACAAACCCAGGACUUGUCUGGUAGUAGGCAAUCGUUUCGCAUUGCGAUGGGAAAUCCAUGUGAAUUUUUUGUCGAUGUCAUGUAAACUGGCAUCUUAACCACAUGUACUUUACAUUUUCAUAUUUCGUCUGUUUUUAAGGUGAAUAGGAUUGAUUCUUAAUGUGGAGUGAAAUUUUUUCAAAUCAUGUGUUUGGCAUCUUGAAUUAAUGAUGAAACAAAGCUAGGGUGAGCUGUUGUUGGAAAUAGCACAUAGGCAAUGUGAAAUGUUUGAUUGUUAUAUACUGCCAUAGUUGUGAACUUACAACCAGUCAUUGCCAUUGUAACUUCUAAAUAAAAACUGUCUUUUGUUAGUUUCUGAUAGAAAUAAAUGUAUAUUUGUGUGCAUAUUGUGCAAUGAUGAUUGGCUCAUUAUUUGUUGUGAUGAGCAGUUGUAGUCUAUGGCAGUUACUGAUGUACCCAGCUUGAUUCAGCAGAACUGCAUUUGGCCACCAUCAUUUCAUUUUUGUGUUUGUGAAUUUUAUUAAUUAAAUAACUGGUCAAAUUUUCACAUAAACAGGAAUCAACUUUUUGCUUUUGUUCUAAUUUAUUUCAAAUAUUAUGAAAUUUGUGAUUAAACAAUGACUUAUUUUUCUUAUUUAUUAAAUUUGUACUAAGGUGCAUAAUUUGUACAGUGUUUCAGGGCUGACAUUUUAUUAGUUUUCAUGGCAUUAAGUACUAAUUUAUAUUUUGCAGAUAUUACAGAAUUAAUGGUAGGAAACAUAUCAUUAAUUUUACUUUUAAGUUCCUUUAUGUAACCUGUCCAUUUCUUCUAUGAUUGUAUAUUGUUUUAUGCUCUAUGCCUGUUUAAAAAUAUAUAUUGUUGUUUGGUGCAACUAGAAAAA